AACAACAACAACAACAACAACAACGACAGCAACAAAAAUGGCUACAAAGACAACUGUCAGCGCAAAGGACGCCAAGAUCCUUGACAUGGUCUUCAAUCCAGAGGGGACCAUGCUGCCGGAUAAGGAAACUGAGACCAUGCUCAACACUGAAACUACCGCGAUCGACCCAGAGUUGCUGAAGAAGGUGAAGGCCCUCGAGACUGAGGCGGUCCUGCUGGCGGAUAAGGACGAUAUCGAUGGCGCUAUCAAAAAGUUCACAGAGUUGAUUGAGAUGUGCCCGACCUAUGCUUCUGGAUACAAUAACAGAGCACAAGCAUACAGGAUUCAGAACAACAGCGCUGCGGCUCUUAAGGAUCUGGAUAAGGCGAUCGAAUACGGCAAUGGACAGACAGCCAUUCUUAAGCAGGCAUAUACUCAGAGAGGUAUCAUCAAAAAACUAGAGGGCGACAAGGACGGUGCUCAGGUGGAUUUCGAGCGCGGUGCACGUUUCGGCAACCCCGUGGCCAAGGCCGUGUCCGUCCAGGACAACCCCAUCUCACAGUUGUGCGGCGCCAUGGUCAUGGAAAUGCUCAAUAAGGAGAUGAACGGAUCCAAGGGGAACAGUGAAUCCAAGUAAGCGCGCCCAAUGUUGGUUCCUACGUGGAGCGAUCAUAACGCACGCUUAUAAAAUAAAAAAUAAAAAAUACUCUGUAUUCUGAACAUG